UAUUUCGUGUCGCGGAUGUAGCCGCUCCACUCCCCGCCGAGCCUGUUUGUUCAGAUUCCUCCGCGGCUGGUAAAGCGCGCCCGCUGAAGAGGAAGCGACCGCGCGACUUCAGAGGAAACACGCUCUCGGUGUGCGCGUGCGAGCGGUGCUUCAAACAAUAGAAGGUGAAGAUUUGUCAGUGCAGAGAUGUCCGGUGGUGUGAUCCGCGGCCCUGCUGGAAGCAACGAUUGCCGCAUCUAUGUGGGAAACCUGCCGCCCGAUAUUCGCACCAAAGAUGUCGAAGAUGUGUUUUAUAAGUACGGAGCCAUCCGAGACAUCGAUCUGAAAAACCGACGAGGCGGACCUCCAUUCGCCUUUGUCGAGUUUGAAGACCCCAGAGAUGCAGAGGAUGCUGUUUAUGCUCGUGAUGGCUAUGACUAUGAUGGCUAUCGACUUCGAGUGGAAUUUCCUAGGAGUGGACGAGGAAUGGGCAGAGGAGGUUUUGGUGGGGGUGGUGGAGGCGGUGGCGGCGGAGGAGGAGGUGGUGGUGGGGCUCCUAGAGGUAGAUAUGGACCCCCAUCCAGACGUUCAGAGUACAGAGUAAUUGUUUCAGGACUUCCACCAAGCGGCAGCUGGCAGGAUCUGAAGGAUCACAUGCGUGAAGCAGGUGAUGUAUGUUACGCUGACGUUUUCCGAGAUGGAACUGGUGUGGUGGAGUUUGUUCGCAAAGAGGACAUGACCUACGCCGUUCGCAAACUGGAUAACACAAAAUUCCGGUCCCAUGAGGGAGAAACUGCGUACAUCCGCGUAAAGGUGGACGGACCCCGCAGUCCAAGCUAUGGAAGAUCAAGGUCAAGGAGCCGCAGUCGCAGCAGGAGUCGCAGCCGCAGCAACAACCGUAGCCGAAGCUACUCUCCACGCCGCAGCCGAGGAUCCCCGCAGUACUCGCCACGUCAUAGCCGUUCCCGCUCUCGCUCCUAAAGCGCUCCACUCUUCACCUCAUUGGUGGAGCCCUUGAGUCGUUUUUGUUUUACAGUCUUUACAAAUCACGAACCCCAUGUUUUAAUCACCCCCUGUUUCGUGAGACAGUUGAUCUUAUGAAUGUUGUCUUUUUUUUUUUUUUCCCCUCCCUCUUACUGUUAGUUUUAAACAUGCGUUUUUAACUGAACCCAUUUUGUUUUUCCCCCCCAUCCAUUUUUUUUUUCAAUACAUAGUGGAAGUCUUUCAUAGAUCAGAUCAAGGAUUAUGUAAUGACUCCCAAAUAUUUUUGUAAAUGCCAUGUAUGAAAGUUAAUCAUGGGAUAGUGGGUUCCACAGUUGUUUUAUGCUGUCUUCCUCUAGACGUGACACAGAUCUGAUGCUUUGUAAUAAAGGAUUACUAAAUCUAUACUUUGUUUCGUAAAAGGGUGAAUUUGAGCACUAGAACAAUCCUCCAUUACUAAUAAAUACUGUUCUCUGCCUUCAGGGCAUUAAUUGGGUAACUGCAAAAUUUAGAUUACCAGGUGGCAGCUUUUUACUAUUUCAUUUUAGAGAUGUACUUUUCAAUCAUAGCUGAGGUUGUGUCCAAAGACUUAAGUGUCCAACAGCAUAUUUGAAUCGGUCUUAGUGUUAGGUCAUUAGUCUUAAUUUUAGUUUUGGCCUUAAUGCUGUAUGCAUGUAUCAAAGAAGGCAGGUUUGAGUGGAUUUGAUUCUAACUCUUUACCUCCUUUGUUUUGAUUUUGCUGGUAUCUUAAGGUUUGGAUUGGAGGAGAGGCUCAGUGGAUGCCGGAUCAUUGGGAUCAGUACAUAAUGAAGAUAGGAUAGGGAAUGCUGGAUACAUGGAACAGGAUCAACUGCUCCAGGAUCAUAGGAUUUUUAAGACCACAGUUCAAAAGUACUUCUCCAGCCCAUAAUUUUUAUUUUUUAUUUUUUCUUUACCUCAGUGGAAAAUGUAGAUGUUUUGGCCCGUCACAUUUUUAACAGAGGAGCAGAUGUUGGAGCAGUCUGUGGGGAUGGAAUCAACAGGAACAGAAUGGUAAAAUGAAAGAAAUACAUUUGGGAUGGGGGGUAUACUCAGGCAUUUUUAGAUUUACACUGUCCCAAUGUGGACAGUAGAUGUUUUAACAUCACUAGCAUUUUGUUUCUUUCUAGUUAAGUACUUUUUUUUCUUUUCUUGCCUAAAUAAAGGUUUCAUUGGUACAAAAA